AGUGCCAAAUGGCUUUCAAUUGCAAUUACAUUUACAAAGAUUAUUCAAAUCAAUAUAAAUGUCAAUUGGAAAGUUCCUUAGAAUUACAUAAUCUUUCACCAAGCAUAAGCAUUGUGGCUGUGAAAAAUGAAAAUCUGAAUAUAUUCAUUUCUAUAUCUGCAGACAGAACAACUGGGAAGCCGUGUCAACCUUGCACAGACUACCACAAGUGCCUCAAUGAGAUGCUGCAUUGUAAAGAUCAAGAUCUGCAAGUUGCUGAAGGAGAAGAUCUAAAGUUCGACUGCAACGUGAAGUUUCUAAACAACAUUGGUGGAAAUCUUGAAUUUGUAUUAGAAAAGAAAGAUGAAUCGGGAAUCUCACCCUUGAAGAGCGUCAACAAACACGACAUUCUUAUACACAAAGUUGACAAGGAGUUUUCAGGUCGUUACACCUGUACGGCAAAGAGCAAGGAUUCAAUGUUCCCGAUAAGCAGAGUGGAUUUUACUGUGAAAGUUGUGAGCGCACCGAAACCCCAAUCUCUGGGCUCAUCACUUUCACCUCCUGCUGAAGAAAUGAAAGAUGCAUUUAAAGAUAACCAGUUGGCCCAAAUCACAGUGAUAUGUGCUACGGUUAUCUCCCUGGCGAUUACUGCAUCAAUAAUGACUUGCAUAUGUUUGUUAAUAAGAGAAAGAAAGAGAGAAGAAAAGGCUUCUGCCCAGAAGGAACUGGAAGAAGUGAAGAUCUCCACGGAUAUUAAGAAGAGCAAGCCGGGCACGAGAGAAAAGGCAACACAAACAGAUGUCUGAGGGCAACAGAUAUUCCGUUCCCCUAUGGCUGUACCCCAAGGACAUUCUGUUACAUGUGUGUGUGCCGGUACAUGUUAACUGCCAUAGCCGCGGCCCUGAAUACUUAUACAGCGCUCCCUCUUUAUACCCCUUAUUAUCAGCUCCUGUUAUAGAGGCUGAUGUUAUUUAAAAGGCAUUUGCCAAAAUAAUGAAUACGUUGGUGCGGAAGGGCGAUAGCGGGAUGGUCGGUGGGUUGGGGUAUAAAGAGGGAGCAGACGCUGCUGUUGUGUAUUCAGAAAGAUAUUUUGUACGAUUUGCUUCUUUACACAGAAGAGUGUAAAAAAAACUUUGUUUUGGUCUAUUAAAAUACAAUAAAAUAAGUUUUUAUUGCA